GUUCAUUACUCAUAAUAACACCGAUAGCUCUGAUAAAGAUAGCAGCAGUGUUUGGUAACUAGGAAAACGUUGUUGAAAUUGUCACGACAAUAUGUUCUCACAAUCGUGUGUAUCACAAUCGUGUGUAUUAAUAAUUAAUCUUUGUGUACUCACUGUUUCAUCCAAAAAGAGUCAAUAUUCUGUAAGAGAAAUUGUAGAAACUCUUCAUGUCGAUAAUGGGGGAAUAUUUGGUAAAUGGGGACAAUAUGACUAUUGUGCUGAAGGCACCUAUGCCAUUGGAUAUGACAUGAAGAUAGAAUCCCACCGGGGUAGUGGUGACGACACGUCGCUCAACGGCGUAAGACUCGUGUGUGCUGACGUCGACGGACAUGUGAAUGGAGAAGUGAUCGAAUCAACGGUUGGGAAAUGGGGAUCUUGGGCAGACGAGACGAUGUGUUCUAGUAGAAAUGGAUCACCACAAUUUCUAACGUCAUUUUCACUCCAAGUUGAACCCUACAUGUUUUUCAAAGAUGACACAUCCGCAAACUAUAUAAAGUUCACGUGCCGCGAUUACGUCGGAGGAUCAAGUAAUGAGCUCGCAAAGCCACCAGGAAACGGAAUGUAUGGAAACUGGGGAAGUUGGAGCAGAAGUUGUCCAUCAUACUCCGCGGUAUGUGGUAUCUCAACGAGAGUUGAAGGUCACGUGGGGAUAGGUGAUGAUACCUCGCUAAAUGAUGUACAUCUGCACUGCUGUACGGAAGGGCGUGUAGCGUCGGAACCGUUCGGAAAAUAGGACUCAGCUACUGAUCUUACUUUUUCAUGGAGUUUUAAAAAAAAACAACCAAGAAAAUACUUUACAGAAUAAAUAUGCUGUGAUAUAUUAUCAAUAUUUAUAUUUGUGUAAACAAAGUCAAUUGAUUUUUAAUGGUUUUAUGGCUGUUUACAAACUAAGAAUAAAAUUUGCACUAGG